AUGAGUCCUUCAUCAUUCACCUUAACGGCGUUACUUCUUGAGGCAAUUGUUUUUCUUUACAAUCGUCAAGUAGCGGCAAUGCUUUCCAUGCAUCCGAGCUGUUCUGGCCGUUCAUCAACUAUUGAGAAUAAAUUGAAAAUGAGCGGGGGUGGUAACGGCAUUAAUAAAUUUACACCGGGAAAUGUUUCAUUCCCGGUAGCAUGCCAAUACCAUUCAAAGAAUCUCAAAGCAACAAAUAAAAAUGAAAAUAAAAUCUCAGAAGAUUUGCCUACGAAUCAAGAAAAGCUUACAAAAAGUAAGGGAAAUGAUCUCAUUCAUAAGGUAAAAAAGAUAGAUAAAGGCAAUGAGGCCGCUGUUCCUUAUAAUGCAAACAAGAACAAUAAAAUUGGAGAAAUUUUUUUUGCUAAAGAGCAAAAGAAAAUGAGUAGUGAGGAAUUUGAGCAUUAUUUGUAUAGUGUUCCAUAUGACAAAAAUAAAAAAAACAAAAUUGGAAAAGAUGAAAAUGGUAAAAAAGUUGAUAAACCAAACAAAGAAGGAGACACAAUGCUUUAUUCAAAAGCCGGGAUAAUUGCUAUAAAGAUAAAAGAAUAUAUCCACAAUAUUGGCGAAUUCCAAAUCCAAACUGGACUUAUAUAUCGUAACAAUAGUUUUAAUUCUUCCCAAGAUGAUAGUAAAAAUUUACUAAAUAUUUCGCAUAUCUUAAUGGGUUUAACUAAAAAUGAGAGGGAUUCUCAAGAAAAUUUGAGAAAUGCUGCUAAUUUGUUUGUGGCACUUCAUGAGUGUUACCAACUCUUUUCGGUAAUUCCUCUAGUUUUCGAAGUAGAAAUGGUUUUGAAAAAACUUGAGGAAGAGGGAAAUGGAGACGAUCCAAUAAAAUUACUCGAAUAUUUCCGUUUGCCAACAAUUAAAUAUCCAUUAUUGGAUUUACUUAAAAUUGAGAAAUCAACUGUGUCUCGAGAUGAAGUGAUUGAAAACGUUACUAAAACUAUUCACAAAGCAGACAAUUUUAUUGCUAAAAACAUCCAUGCAUUCUUCGUAGAUGACAACGAAACAUUUUUUAAUGAAAUAAUUUCUCGUCUUGAAACAGCCGAUAUGGUUUUGGUCAGUAUCAAAAAAAUUCUUAAAAUGUUCAAUAACUUUAAUGAUAAAAUUCCCGAAAACUAUUCGAUGCUAAAACAUUUAAAACCAAUUGAAAUGCACGAUUUCUACGAAAAUUCUGAACUGCUUCAAAAGCUUCAUGCAGCAAUUUUGCCUGGAGAUGAAAUGAUGGUUUAA